AUUUGUUACAUUAAAUAAAGUAUUUAUUUAGUUUUUUUUAUAGUAUUAUAUUAUUUGUUUUAGUUUUUGGAAAAGGAAAGAAACGGAAUAAAAAAGGAAAUAUAAUUAUUAGGGGGUCUUGGUCUGGCCUUAUCUCCUUCUCCAGUUCAUCUUGUGUUCCUCUCUUGAAGCUCGAGCCCCCACCCUUCACGAGCACUUGCCUCUUGCUUUCCAAACUAAAAAGAAGAUUCAACUAUUACUACUCCUAUACUACUUUUACACAAACCCCAAUCCUCCAUUCGAUUUCAUCCAAGUUUCUUUAACCAAUUGAUAUACAGAUCUUUUCAUCAGUCUACGAAUUUAAUCAGCCAUGAAGAGGGAUCGUGAGCGUGAGCGUAAGAAGGAAGCAAAGCCAUCGUCGUCGUCUUCAAUGGCGGUUGGAAUUGGAAAGGCCAAAGAUUUGCAUCAGUCGUUGCCGGAUUCCGGCGGAAUGGAUGAGCUUCUGGAAGUGUUGGGUUACAAGGUGAGGUCAACGGAUAUGGCGGAUGUAGCCAAGAAGCUUGAGCAGCUUGAAAUGGUGAUGGGUGAAGAUGGGAUUUUGCAACUGUCUGAUACUGUUCAUUACAACCCUUCUGAUCUAUCUGGUUGGGUUCAGAGCAUGCUCUCCGAGCUCAACACCAACAGUUCUGAUAAUUCGUCUUCCACCAACUUCGGUAUCGUUCUCCCCGGCGAAUCCUCCUCCACCACCAUGAUUGAUUUCUCCAACAACAAACAAAUUGAUACCCAACAAACCGGUGGUAAGAUGUACGACGAUGAUCCAUAUGAUUUGCGUGCGAUUGCAGGUGGUGCUAUUUACGGGACAACCGCAGAGGAGUCUCCGGUGUCUAGAAACGGAAUUAAACGAAUGAAAGCGGCAGCUCCUGGAUCUGAAGCUGUUGACGUACCGCCGGAAUCGCCGAAACCGGUGGUUCUCGUCGAUUCUCAGGAGGUUGGGAUACGAUUAGUUCACACGUUGAUGGCCUGCGCGGAGGCGGUGCAGCAGGACAACCUGAAACUAGCCGACGCUCUUGUCAAACACGUGGGUCUCCUGGCGGCGUCACAGGCUGGCGCCAUGGGGAAAGUCGCCACCUAUUUCGCCGGUGCACUUGCUCAGAGAAUCUACAAGAUAUAUCCUCAAGAUGGGCUUGAAACUUCAUGUUGGGAAAUUUUACAGAUGCAUUUCUAUGAAAGCUGUCCUUACCUCAAAUUCGCACACUUCACCGCCAAUCAAGCCAUCCUCGAAGCAUUCGCCGGAGCAACCCGCGUACACGUUAUUGAUUUCAGCUUGAACCAAGGGAUGCAAUGGCCGGCGCUUAUGCAAGCUCUGGCAUUACGCGCCGGCGGUCCACCGGCUUUCCGUCUAACAGGAAUUGGGCCACCGCAACCGGAUAACACCGAUGCGUUACAGCAAGUAGGAUGGAAAUUAGCCCAAUUAGCAGACACAAUCGGAGUCGAAUUUGAAUUCCGCGGGUUUGUUGCAAAUUCAUUAGCUGAUAUCGACGCAUCGAUGCUUGAUAUCCGACCGUCGGAGGUCGAAGUGGUGGCGGUGAACUCCGUUUUCGAGCUCCACCGCCUCUUAGCUCGUCCCGGCGCCGUCGAGACGGUGUUGAAUUCAAUCAAAGCAAUGAAACCGAAAAUAGUGACUCUCGUGGAACAAGAAUCUAACCAUAACGGCGCCGUUUUUUUAGACAGGUUCAACGAAGCUUUACAUUACUAUUCCACCAUGUUCGACUCGUUGGAAAGCUCGGCGUUGACUCAACCUCUCAGUCAAGAUUUAGUGAUGUCGGAGGUGUACUUAGGGCGGCAGAUAUGUAACGUGGUGGCGUGCGAAGGUACAGACCGAGUUGAACGCCAUGAGACACUGAGUCAAUGGCGGAACCGGUUAAACUCAGCCGGGUUCGACCCAGUUCACCUGGGGUCCAAUGCUUUUAAACAAGCGAGCAUGUUGUUGGCUUUGUUCGCCGGCGGCGAUGGGUACAGGGUGGAAGAAAACGACGGGUGCUUGAUGUUGGGGUGGCAUACGAGGCCAUUGAUUGCCACCUCCGCUUGGCAACCUGGCAGUACUAUUAUCGAGUGAUGAGAAUGAGUCAACCCGGGAAUGGAUUCUGGUGAACUCAGUAGCUGUAAUGAGUGGAAUGGGAGACAUCGAUAGAGAAAGAAAGACCCAUACGAGUCAAAUCAAGUCUUUUCAUAAUUUACAUUUCACACACCCGAGUCAGCUUUUUUUACGUUUUUUCCACUACUUUCUUUAAGUGGUUGAUGUUUUUUUUACUCGUUUAAAUGGGAGUCGUUUGUACUUUUACUUUGUGGGGUCUAUACCCCAAAUUUUAUGUUUAUAUUUUUUUUUCUUUUAUUUUUAAUAAAACGUCCGUGAGAGUUCCGGUUAUUAACAA